AUGGAGAGAAAACAUCUGUACUGCAUACGGCAUGCUCAAAGUACAUACAACCAAGCAGCCUUGGAAUAUGAAAAUCAAGGCAAAAAAUCACAGAUUCACGAACUCAAGUGGAACAUCGAAUAUAUAGACGCUGAACUUUCUGCCUUUGGAGAACUCCAAGCUCUCAAUGCAGUUCCUGAAGCUCAUGCACUUCGGGUUCAAACAGUAUUUGUUUCUCCAUUCCGCCGAGCACUUCGCACUGCUCAGAUAUUAUUUGAAAAUCACCCAGAUAACCCAGAUAUCAUUGUUCACCCACUUUUAGCAGAGAAAUUAAAAAACGUCCCUGAUGUCUCUGUGUGGCAAGGCACUCCAUACUCUCAAUAUCCCAAUUUUGACUGAAGUCUGAUGCCAAACAAUUACUUUUUGUUCGACCUUGUUCGAAAUGCACAUACCGCAAGGCUUAAAACUCUCCCAAUAGAGCAAAUCCCUAGGAAACUUUUAGAUGAAAUGGUUUCAAUGAUUCCUGAAAAAAUUGAGCCCGCAGAGGACAUGUACAAAAGAGCUCAGGAAUCAAAAGAAAUCUGGAAAAAGAGCGCACUCAGUGGAAGUGUUGCAUUGGUGUCACAUUCUAACUUUUUUAAGUUUUUCACGAUGAAACAUGACGAAAAUGGGUCCACUUUUAGGUGGCUGAAUAAUUGUGAAAUUUAUGAGUACGAAGAAGUCGAUCUGGAUUAG